GCCUCCAAGGUCGCAAUGAGACACCGGCGCUCCCUCGAAGGGGACGAGGAGGAGGAGGAAGACGCCGACACUUUGGGGCAGCAGCAGCAGACCAGUAAGGCUGUGGACAGCUCACCCAAUGAGGAAGCAGAUCAGAAUUCAGAUUCCUCGUUUGGUCCUGAGGACUCCGACAUCCUGGAGGAGGAUGUUCCAGAGGGUAUUUAA